AUGCAGAAGUUCCCUGGCCCGUGCUCUUCGGUGUACCUCAGUAAUACCUGGAAGAUAAUUCAGUACCAAACUGUUCGCUAUGAUAUCCUUCCCUUAUCUCCCGUGUCCCGGAAUCGGCUAGGCCAGGUGAAGAGGAAGAUCCUGGUGCUGGAUCUGGAUGAGACACUUAUCCACUCCCAUCACGAUGGGGUCCUGAGGCCUACCGUCCGGCCUGGAACGCCUCCCGACUUCAUCCUUAAGGUGUGUUGGGGUGGGAAGAAGGAUCGCUUCUUCUGACCCCACCCUCCCCCUGAUCAAUUUCAGGUGAGCCAGUGGUACGAGCUGGUGGUGUUCACAGCAAGCAUGGAGAUUUACGGCUCUGCUGUGGCAGAUAAACUGGACAAUAGCAGAAGCAUUCUCAAGAGGAGAUACUACAGACAGCACUGCACUUUGGAACUGGGCAGCUACAUCAAGGACCUCUCCGUGGUCCACAGCGACCUCUCCAGCAUCGUGAUCCUGGAUAACUCCCCAGGGGCCUACCGGAGCCACCCAGACAACGCCAUCCCCAUCAAAUCGUGGUUCAGUGACCCCAGCGACACCGCCCUCCUCAACCUGCUUCCCAUGCUGGACGCCCUCAGGUUCACCGCCGACGUUCGUUCUGUGCUGAGCCGAAACCUUCACCAACACAGGCUCUGGUGACGGCUGCUCCCCCUCCACCUGCGCUGGGGUGGGGGGGAGAGGGAGGGUGAGCUCUCGGGAUGCCGUCUGAUGCCCUGUCCGAUGGUGAGGACUGCCUGGGCAGGACCUGCCCCUCCCGCCCCUCUCUGCCCUGGGAGCCCUGCGCUCCGUGUGGAGUCUGGACAGACACACGGGCCACACUCGCAAGCAGCCUCACUCUGACUUCGAGUUCGCGCUCCCUGGAAACCCCAGACUGGGACAGAAGCGGAGGCCUGGGAGAGCCCGAACUGUUUGGUGGAGAGACCAGACCGGCCAGAAUGAGACAGACAUUCGGUAAUCCGGGAGGCUCAAAGAAAAGCCAAGCCAGCUUUGUUGUGAUUUGAUUUUUUAAAAACUCUUGUACAAAACUGAUCUAAUUCUUCACUCCAAGGGCUGGGCUGUGGGUGGGAAACUGGGAUUUUGGGCCACUGGAUUUUCCCCAAACUUGUCCUGCCCUCCCCCCUUUCUUUUCCUUCUAUUUUCCCUUCUUCCUAGACUCCCU